AUGGCCAGCAGCACCAAGCUUCACGACGCAGUACGCCACGACAGGUGCCGGCUCAUAUCUCGUCUUGUCGCCGAAGUUUUUUUGCUCACGUUGUGUGAUUGCCGGCGUGCGUGCGUGCAGGCACCCCCCGUGGACGCGGUGGACGCCAACGGCAACUCGGCCCUGUUUGUGGCCAUCACGGACGGACCCGUCAGCGCCGUCCCCUAUCUGUUGCAGGCCGGCGCCGACCCGAACUUCCGAUGCAGCGAGGGCGCGACUCCCGUGCACGCGGCGUGUCGCCGUGGCAGCCGGGCCCUUCUCCAGCAGCUCUUGGAGUGCGGCGGGGACCUGCGGCUGCGCGACGCCUCGGGCCGCACACCGCAAGACUGGGCGCUGGGGCACGCCGACCCGCAGUGCCGACGCAAGCUGGUCGCCUUCAUCAACACCAAGCGUGCUCUGGCGUAUCGGUUUGGCGAUGCGGCCGCCCUACUGGAGGAUGACGCUGCAGGUGGCGCAAGUGGUCUCGACGGCUCGCCCACCAAGGGUGGUGCAGCUGCAGCUGCUUCACUGCGCCGACGUCUUGUUGGCCGGCCUGCCGCGCCUCGCAGGCCCUGGUGCGGCGAGAGGAUCCGCGCCGAUGGAGGAUUUGGAGUGGUGUACUGCAGCCCAGCUCGUGAGACCGGUGUCACCACGUUUGUGCCAUUUAUAGCGAGCAACUACCUCUACAACUCUGAGGAGAACAACAUUACCUGGAGCGGGCCGCAGUCGCUCAUGCAGACCAUGUACUGGGACAAGCUGAAAGUGUCGGUGAAGAAGUCGUCGCUCAGUGGAAGCCACAGUCGGGGUCCCGGCUCCGACAUUCUCAUCACAGAGUUGGAGAAGGUCCGCCGGCUGAGCUUCCACCCGUACCUGCUGUGGCCUCUGGCCGUGAGCCCCGUGCAGAACAUGGACGACAUGCUGCUCGUCUUCGAGUGUAUCCACUUCGGCAGCCUCUUCGACAUCCUGCACAAUGCGCAGCAACUGCUGGGGGGCCGCGGCCCCCUCGACCACGGUCGUCUGCUGCUCGUGCUGCAGCAGACGUGCGAGGCGCUGCUCUUCCUGCACAGCCGGCAGUGGGUGCACGGGUGUGUGUCGUCACACUGCAUCUACGUGGUGUCGCCGUGCCUCGGGAAGCUCGGGAACUUCGAGUUUGUGCAACGCAGCGACGACGCGGAGGGAUGCGAUGCGUACAGCCCGCCGACUGAUGACUUCCUUGACUUCUACUGCCACUGGCUGGCCCCCGAGGUGCUCACUGGCAGUCGUCCCACCAAGAUGGCCGACCUGUACCAGUUCUGUGUCGUCCUCUGGGAAGUCUUCACCGAGGAAGUGCCAUGGGGUUCGGCCGAGCGUGCGGCAGUGGAGCGUGCCGUGACGCAGGAGCGCCGAGGGUUGUCCCACCGGUCCGAGAUCCCGCCACCGCUGGACACGCUGGUACACGCCGGCCUGGCACUGGACCCUGCCGAAAGGCACACCGACCUCGAGGACGUGUACCAAGCCCUGGCUGCCAUUGUGCAGGAGGGACACGGCAACAUGGGAUUUGCCCUCGGGCGGCUGGAGCAGGUUGGGGAUACGUGCCGGGUCAAGUCAACGCCCGGCAAGCCGCUUCCUUCCCGUCAGGCGUCGACUGUCGAAGUGGAACACACCACCUUCGUCCACCGGCCAACUUCAAUGAGGCGACGUGCGCCAUCAACCAUCGCCGACGACGUGUCGGACACCGUGGAAGAGCUGAUCUCCCUUGCCGAUGAGAGGGCUGCGCCCCUGCACCGAUCCCCGCCCCGGCGGCCCACUCGGUCGCAGCCACCGCGGGGGACUUUUACCACCACCACUGCGACUUCGGCCCAGCCGGACUUGCUGGACAGCAAGUUUGACCAGAUAUCACUCACCUCCAGCCUGGACCCCAUGGAAUUCACUUCGGAGACACCCAAGGUGCCGACCUUCUCGUCCAGGCCAGUGGAAAAACCCUCGUUUGAGGCGUGCACUCAGACGGAUCCAGAGACCCCGCCGCCACUGCGGCCACGCACCAGAGGCUUUGUGCCCACGGCCGAAAGGGUGUCGGUUAGCAACAUCAGGACAUCGUCACGCUUCACAGACAACCUGCUGCUAGGCCCUGAAGAAGUGGCGCCUGCCAAGACGUCCUCAGCACGGGUCGUCCACCAGCCCGCCGUCGUGACUGCACAGCAGCAGCAGCCUCUGCAGCAGAGUGCGAUUGGCAGUGGCAGUGUAAUCAGCAGUGGCAGCAUACGGCGCACGGUGCGCCCCUGCAAGCCAGCUAGCCACUCGUACGGAGUGUCGCCUUUCGCCCAGGGAGGCGCCAGCCGCAUCAUCUCCUCUGCAAACACCCAGCAGCACCGCGCCAUGAUGGAUACAUCCACCAGCACGUACAACGCUGAGGUGUCAAGUCAGCAGCAGCAGUGGCGUGUGCGUCAGGGGAUAAUGGAGGCCCGCCACCGUCAGCAGACCACGUUUGCUUCCAGGGGCACCAAUGUCUGCCGCGUGGAUGAUGCCAUCCUGGAGGGUCUUGGAGAUGGCGAGCGAUACCACAAGGAGCUGGUGGGUCGUUCAGUGUGCGCCGAGACAUCGUCGCAGCCAAAGAAGCACGAGGAGGAGGAAGAGAGGACUCUGGUGCCCGACUACUCUCUACCUUCCAGCCUGGCAAUGAUGGGCGACGAUAACGCCGAGGGCAGUGAGGUCAAGUCGGUGCAGACGGAGCCCCACCACGCAUACAAGGUGGAGGUGGUCACCAUGACGUGCCCUGUGAUCCAGCACACUCUGACGGUCACCAGCACCAAUCUGCUGACGGGCGAAACCACCGUGACCGAGGAGUCCACCGGUGCCGACGUGGUGCAGGUACAGUGGAACCCUGACCAGAUCAACAUCACCACACCCGACACCAGCCUCAACUCGUCGGCCGGUGCUGCCGCGAUGCCUGAUGUCUCGCCAGCUGCCGUGCCAUCAGCACCGGCGCAAGAUUAGCUUGCGCAUGCACUUCUUUCCUGUGCCUUGUGCUUGCAAUUAAAACUGCCGUUUCAGUGCCUUUGAAAACAAAUAAAAUUCCUGUUCUUUUUCAA